UUUAUUUCUUUUCUUUUCCUUUUCUCUCUGUAAUACUGAUUGUCCUGUAAAGCUGUUUGUGACAACACCUGUUGUAAAAAGCGCUAUAUAAAUAAAUAUUGAUUGAUUGAUAUUGAUUUUCAAUACAAAUGUCAACAAAAUUAAUGAAACUGUGUUUGAUUAAGCAGAGCGCCAUUGGUGAUGAAUUUCAUAAACAGAUCUGGGUGUGUUUACAGCUCCGUCUCCUCAGGAAUUAGACCAUCAACUCAUUUUAACUUUAAAAUGAUUGAUGUUCAUUUCAAGUCUUCUCCUGCUCUUUCCUGCUCAGCUUAAAUGUGUUUCCAUAAACACGUCAGAAGAUUCCACCAAGAGGAAAGUUAAGCAGUUGAUAAUGGUGAUUAUAUAAGAAUAUGGCAUCCAGAAGACAUACUGGGACUGAGCAAACGUCAUCUGGUAGCCCCCACAUGAACACAUCUCACAGACAAAUGCAGAAGCACAGCAAGGAGAGAAAUCACUACUGCUUGGAAUGUGGACAGAGUUUUGCUGCAAAGAGUGCUCUCAAAAUACACCAGCGCAUCCACACAGGAGAGAAACCGUAUCACUGCUCAGAGUGUGGGAAGAGUUUUGCUGCACAGAGUGCUCUCCAAAACCACCAGCGCAUUCACACAGGGGAGAAGCCGUAUCACUGCUCAGAGUGUGAGAAGAGUUAUACUACACAGAGUGCUCUCAAAAUCCACCAGCGCAUCCACACAGGAGAGAAACCAUAUCACUGCUCAGAGUGUGGGAAGAGUUUUAGUAAUCUCCAAAAGCACCAGCGCACUCAUAGAGAAGUAAAACCAUAUUAUUGCUCAGAGUGUGGGAAGAGUUUUACUGUACAGAGUAAACUCAAAAAACACCAGCGCAUCCACACAGGAGAGAAACCGUAUCACUGCUCAGAGUGUGGGAAAAGUUUUACUGUACAGUGGCAUCUCCAAGACCACCAGCGCAUUCAUAGAGAGAAACCAUAUCACUGCUCAGAGUGUGGGAAGAGUUUUGCUCAACAGGGCAAUCUCCAAAACCACCAGCGCAUCCACACAGGAGAGAAGCCGUAUCACUGCUCAGAGUGUGGGAAGAGUUUUACUGAACAGAGUAAUCUCCAAAAGCACCAGCGCACUCAUAGAGAAGUAAAACCAUAUUAUUGCUCAGAGUGUGGGAAGAGUUUUACUGUACAGAGUAAACUCAAAAAACACCAGCGCAUCCACACAGGAGAGAAACCGUAUCACUGCUCAGAGUGUGGGAAAAGUUUUACUGUACAGUGGCAUCUCCAAGACCACCAGCGCAUUCAUACAGGAGAGAAACCGUAUCACUGCUCAGAGUGUGAGAAGAGUUAUACUACACGGGGUGCUCUCAAAAUCCACCAGCGCAUUCACACGGGAGAGAAGCCGUAUCACUGCUCAGACUGCAGUAAAAAUUUUACUGUACGGAGUGCUCUCAAAAUACACCAGCGAAUUCACACCUCAGAGAAACCAUACCAUUGUUCAGAGUGUGGACAGAGUUUUAAUGUACAGAGUGCUCUCCAAAAGCACCAGCGCAUUCACACAGGAGAGAAGCCGUAUCACUGCUCAGAGUGUGGGAAGAGUUUUACUCAGAAAAGUAAUCUACAAAACCACCAGCGCAUUCACACAGGAGAGAAACCGUAUCACUGUUCAGAGUGUGGACAGAGUUUUAAUCGACACCGUACUCUCCAGGAUCACCAGCGCACCCACACAGGAGAGAAACCUUACUACUGCUCAGAGUGUGGACAGAGUUUUACAGUACAGAGUGCUCUCAAAACACACCAGCGAAUUCACACAGGAGAGAAGCCGUAUUACUGCUCAGAGUGUGGGAAGAGUUUUACUCAAAAGAGCAAUCUCCAAAACCACCAGCGCAUUCACACAGGAGAGAAACCGUAUCACUGCUCAGAGUGUGGGAAGAGUUUUACUGAACAGAGUAAUCUCCAAAAACACCAGCGCAUCCACACAGGAGAAAAACCGUAUCACUGCUCAGAGUGUGGACAGAGUUUUACUGGACAGAGUUCUCUCAAAACACACAAGCGGACUCACACAGGAGAGAAGCCGUAUCACUGCUCAGAGUGUGGACAGAGUUUUACAGUACAGAGUUCUCUCAAAACACACAAGCGGACUCACACAGGAGAGCAACCAUAUCGCUGCUCAGAGUGUGGACAGAGUUUCAGGCAUUCAAAGACUGUAAAGACACAUAAGUGCACUAAGAGCUGUGGUGGAAAUCAGCAGUAAGGAGUUAACCGUAAUACAUUCUGGAUAUACAGUACAUGUCUGCAGGAAAUUAUGAUUUGGCGAUUCUGUAUUUGGGGAAAACCACCUCUUGUUGUUUCACGCAUGUUUUAAGGUGUAUGCAUAAAAUGCAAUAGAAUUGCCUGAGCUGAACACCAAGUCAAGCCUAAAGCAGUGAUACUGCAUAUUCUGCUCAAACUGAGUUUCAUUUGUAUUACAUGUGAUCGAGAAGCCCUACAUUCACCUAUCAGUGGCCUUUUACUUUCUAAUUUAAUAGAUCUAAGCUAUAAUAAAGAUUAUAGUGUUUCUAAUGCGAUAGUGAAUGUUUUCACACACAUUUGACUGUGUGCUUGGCACUUUAUCCUUCUCUUUAUCUCUCUCAGCCUGCUGAUUUAUUUAAGCUUUUGUUAAGCCUUUGCAUGUGAGGUAAUGUAUGUACUUAUGAACGUGUUAAGAUUAUGUUGUUUAUGUUUGUUAUGUUGUUAAGAUUAUGUUAAGAUGAUUCUUUUCCUAUUAAAUUUUAUGAUUAGUCUUUUUUUAAUUCAUUGUGUAGUGAAGAAUUGGCCCAUGUUACUGUCACACUGCAAGCUUUGUUUAUUUAAACCACCACCCUCUACGGAGGACACAUGGGAACCAGUAAGUUUGCGUACAGGCAGUCAGGAGAAUAAAGGCAACAACUUCUACAACUAUUAA